UCGACAGAAAGGAGUACAAGAGUUGCACAAACGGAAACCAUGAACGAACGAAGCAACAGUGGAAGAACUAAAGAAUUUAGAAAAGCUCAAGUGUCGAUUGUCCACGAUCUCCACUACAACGUGGCCACCCAAAAUCCUUUAUUUUCUCCUUUUCUUGUUGGAUUUCAAGGUCUCUCUUUCGGUUUUCCUCUUCAACUGUCUCUGUGAUGUCUCUUUACACCUAGCUACUUUUCCUGCAAAUCACCUUCAGCUGUUUGGAUGAUUCGAGGAGGUCAGGAGAUUGACUGGUUUCGAAGAUUUAUGAUCUACUACAGGGCUUCCGAACUUUGCACAGGGUGGCUCUAUUUAGUUGAUCAAGAAGAAUUUCCUUUAUCUGCAUGAAUACAAAUUUUCCAAGGCCAAACUCUUCUUAUAGAUAGACCUGGGGAUGAUUGUGUGACAAAGCUACAUCAGGUAUUGGAGUUGACCAUGGAGGCUAGUGAAAGGCACAUGGAGAAGGUUUUUUUGAAUGGAGACAUUUAUGUUGGUGAUUUCAAGGGAAUGCUUCCACAUGGGACAGGAAAAUAUACAUGGUCAGAUGGAUCAAUUUAUGAGGGUGAGUGGGAGGAAGGUAAAAUGACUGGAAAGGGACAUUUUCAGUGGGCAUCAGGUGCAGCAUAUGAGGGCGACUUUUCUGGUGGUUUCCUUCAUGGUUUUGGCACAUUUACUGGACUCGAUGGCUCUGUUUAUACAGGGGCCUGGAGGAUGAACGUACAGAAUGGGGUUGGAAAUAAGAAAUAUUGUAAUUCAGAUAUAUAUGAAGGUUCUUGGAAAGAAGGAGUAAGAAAUGGCUGUGGUCGCUAUACCUGGAAUGCUCAAAAUACAUAUGUUGGUAAUUGGAAAGAUGGAAAAAUGUGUGGUAGGGGGGUUAUGAAUUGGGAAAAUGGUGAUUUGUUUGAUGGGUUUUGGUUGGAUGGAUUGAGACAUGGGUCAGGAUUUUACAGGUUUGCUGAUGGGGGAUAUUACUUUGGAACAUGGACUAGGGGCCAAAAGGAUGGACCGGGAACAUUCUAUCCUGCUGGAAGUAAACUACCAUCUCUAACGAGGUGGCGUAGUACUGCAGGAUAUUAUGAUAAAAUUCAGACUAUGCUACCUCAUACUUCACCAGUGAAUUUGGGGGAACUGAGGGAUCAUAAACUGGGUAUGAAACACAGUCUUUCUGAGAAGCUUUCUUUUGGUCUUGUCAGAGGUUCUGGAAGGAUAUCACAUAGGACCAUAUCAUUAGAUGGUGCUCCUAGUGCUGAUGAUCCUCUUGCAGAAGUUCCGGCAAGGGACAGCUUUAGCACUGAUGAAGAUCAAACUGUGGAGCAAGGCAGCUGUAAUUUGGUAUAUGAAAGGGAAUACAUGCAAGGAGUCUUGAUUAGCGAGAGGGUUAGGAACAAUGAAGCAGAGAUGACUCAAAAAAAUAAAUGUGAACUAAAAGGAACAAAGAAGUCUGGUGAAACCAUUUUUAAAGGUCAUAGAAGCUAUUAUCUGAUGCUUAAUCUGCAGCUUGGUAUCAGGUAUACUGUUGGGAAGAUCACACCAGUCCCUAGGCGCGAAGUUCGCUCCUCUGACUUUGGGCCUCGGGCUAGAAUAAGAAUGUAUUUCCCAAGAAAGGGUUCCCAACUUACACCUCCACACUAUUCUAUUGGUUUCUAUUGGAAAGAUUAUUGCCCAAUGGUUUUCAGGAACUUAAGGGAGAUGUUCAAGAUAGAUGCUGCAGAUUACAUGAUGUCUAUCUGUGGUUGUGAUAGCCUGAGGGAACUUUCUUCUCCUGGAAAGAGUGGCAGUAUCUUCUAUCUUUCCCAAGAUGAAAGAUUUUUCAUUAAGACUUUAAAAGAAUCAGAGCUAAAGGGACUCCCACCAACUGCGGUUCCACCUCAUUUUCCUAGUGCAGAUUCUGCAUUUCUUUAUGGAUUCACACCUGGGAAUCAUGCCCAGGAUUCACACUUGAAGUGGAAUACUCCUACUUGCGUGGUUAACUUUUUCUCUAACAACUUUGAGAUGACCAAAAAGAAGGAACAUCUUCAAGAAAAAGAGGAAGGGCUUUUUGUGGAUGAAAUGAGUAGGGGAUUUUUAAAAUUGAACUUUGGUGGUAGUAUUGGAAAUCCAGGACUUUCCAGGAUAGGGGGUGUGUUGAGAAAUGAAGGAGGUAAUAUAGUUGCAAUGUACUCGGGUUCAAUUGAUAUUGGGGACUCAAUAAAAGCUGAAUUUCUGGCACUGUGUUUGGAGUGCUGA